UUUGUGACGUAAUGACGUUCCUCACGAUGGUGGCGGAGCCUUCGAGGCUCCGUUACACAGAGCGGUCCAGCAACAAUACUCCGCAGCCAUGAUAACAAAAGAGUCAAAGCCAAACCUCAGCCAUUCUCAGGUUACUGAGAUUAUCAAGCGACUCUAUGGCUUGACCGUGUCCGUCAUGCGACCGUUGCCCAGUUAUGAUGAUCAGAACUUUUACGUGGCCCCCAGUGAGGGCGGAGAAUAUGUGUUGAAGGUUAUGAACUCUGCAGACAGUCAAAACAUCCCAGUUAUUGAGCUGCAGACCCACGCCAUGAACUUCUUACACCAAAGAGACCUUCCUGCCCAGACCGCUUUGCCCACUCUGACCGGCCAACUCAUGAGCCUGGAAGAAUUUGAUUGUGGUUUUGGCCAGCAGAAAUAUUUAGUGCGUUUACUUACCUACCUUCCUGGCACUACCGUAGCCAAAAUCACCUGCAGUCCUCAGAUUUUGUAUGAUGUUGGGAAAAUUGCCGCUACUUUGGAUACAGUUUUACUGCAAAUGGAGCAUCCAAACAUCAGCAUCCUUCAGAGAGAAGAUUUUAUAUGGAAUCUCUCCAGCGUUCCUCUCUUAAAAGAGUAUAUUCAUGUGAUGGAUGGGGAUCCUGUACAAAAAGUUGUUAAUGCCAUUCUGGAGCAGUACCAGAUCCAAGUCGUGCCAAAACUACCAUUGUUUCGCAAGUGCAUUAACCAUGGAGACCUUAAUGACCACAAUCUUUUGGUGGAACCCAAUGGACCUACAAAGUACAAGAUCUCAGGGAUCCUUGAUUUUGGAGACAUGAGCCAUGGUUAUUUCAUAUUUGAGCUGGCCAUCAGCAUCAUGUAUAUGAUGAUUGAGAAUCCCAAUCCGGUAGAUGUUGGAGGCCCAGUGUUGGCGGGAUGGGAAAGUGUUUUUCCUCUCAACGAGGCAGAAAGAGACUCGCUCUAUUUGCUGGUUCUCUGUCGGUUCUGCCAGUCCCUGGUUCUGGCCCGACAUACAGUGAACCAGCAGCCAGAGAAUGAGGAGUACUUGAUGAUCACUACCAGAAAAGGGGUGCACCAUCUCUGUCGUCUUUGGGAGAUGGGUAAAGAGGAAGUGGAAAGAAUAUGGUUCCAGAGUGCUGCACAGUCUGACCUUGACUUGAGCAACUGCAUGCUCAAAAAGUAUAUGCAACAAGCGGGGAUGCAUUGAAGAUAUAGUUCACCUGAAAAUUUUAAUUUUAAAAACUUGAAAUAAUCAAAGUCAAUGGUGACUAUGUCCAAAGAGCAUCAUAAAAGUGGUCCAAAAGUACUU